AUGGAACAAAACUCAGAAUAUGAAAAUUUUAUUGCUAACACUUAUAACGAAGAAAAUUUAGUAUCAAACGUUCCUCCUAGAAGAGGUAAUUUCUAUAAGCAAUCGCAAUCAUCCGAAUAUCAUAUUCGGCAAGCUGAAGAUGCUAUAAAGGCUUUGAAAUAUACUGCAAAUAGACCUGGAUGGAAGAAGGUUAUGACCAACAAAAGGGGUACUGUGGUUUAUACCAAGCCGGGAACUAUGUUAGAUAACAAAGUUCCUGUGUACAUGGGUGAGCACGAAAUAGUGGGUUUUACACCACAAGCAAUUUUUACUGUUAUUGGAAUGAGAAAACCUUGGGACGAUUGGUACGAAGGAGGUCACCUUGUUGACAAUUUAAAUGAUACAACAAGUACAACUUACAUGGUUAUGCAUGCAUUAGUUGGAUCAAAGGACUUGUCAUUAGUGGAAAAGAUAGAAUGUACUCCAACAGGUGAAAUUUAUUUUGCCGCAACUUCCGUUGAUAAUCCAAAGGUCCCACAUGUUUCUGGAAGAAUCCGUGCAGAAAUGAUAUUAACUGGUUGGAUUCUCGAACCUCUUUCCAGUGCUCCACCUAGAACAAGAGUUAUCUACAUUAAUCAAGUAAAUGUUAAUGGUUGGCCUCCAAAAUUUCUUGUCUCGACAGUUAUGUCUAGAAGGUCUUUUGUCCUUUGUGGAAUUGAAGAUUAUUUGAUUAAGCAUGACCAACAAAUAAUAAGUACUAUGCCACAAGAUUCUCCUCCAAAUGAUUCACCGAAAUUUUCUGCUGUUGAUUCACCGAAACUUUCUGCUGUUACUUCCCCGAAACUUUCUGCUGUUACUUCCCCGAAACUUCCUGCUGUUACUUCCCCGAAACUUCCUGCUGUUACUUCCCCAAAACUCUCUGCUGUUACUUCACCGAAACUCUCUACUGUUAGUUCACCGAAACUCUCUAGUGUUAGUUCACCGAAACUUUCACCAAAACUUUCUAGUGCUAGCUCACCGAUACUUUCACCGAAACUUUCUAGUGAAGGUGCAACAAUCCCUGAAGAUCCUAAAUACAUCCCAUUAGAUAGUAAUGUUUUAUAUGAAAAACCUAAAUCUAAAAAAAUAAACGACAAGAAUAUAUUACCAUUAAUUCCGCUCGACAGCUCUCAAGCUAAAACUUCUCAAAGAUCAAUGUCUACAACAUCAUCUUCACUUUCGCCUAUUGAACCACCACCAAUGCCUGCAUUGCCCUUGCCCAUAUUGCCCUUAUCUUCGCCUCACGUAUCUCCAAAAUCUUUGAUAAACCAAUCAUUAAAAAAGGAUCGUCAUAAAGGUUCUGCAAACAACGUACUAUAUAAACUAAAAACAUUAGCAAGUAAUUUAGACGGUUGGGAAUUCUAUAAAGAAGAGCAAGGUAUAGAUAUUUACACAAGAGAAGGAAUUACUAAUUCUAUGCCGAUGACGCGCGGUGAUAUUAAAAUUACUGGCAGACAUAAACCAGAAGAUAUUCUGUCGAUCAUUUCUGAACUUGAGAUGAGAAAACUUUGGGAUGAUCGAUUUGACGAAGGUGUAAACAUUGAACGGUUGGGACAAAAUGAAUUUUUAACCAAACUCUCGAUGAAGCGUAACUUCCCGAUCAGUCGACGAGACUUGGCAACAGUUUGUAUUAUUGAACAUGAUCCAGAAACCGGUACAAUUUGGCAUGCUAGCACUUCAGUAGCUGAUCCAUUAAUUCCUGAAAGUAAAAAACAUGUUCGAGCGAAUUUAGCUAUUGCUGGAUGGCAAAUACGACCCAGAGUUGAUGAAGAAUUAACAACGUACAUAGAAAUUACCUAUAUUACUGACAUUGAUAUCAGACUUGAAACGAUUCCUCCAUCAAUCAUCAAAACUGUCUUCUUGCAACCACCAUUAUGUAUCGCAAAAGUUGUCGAUAUAUUGAAAAAAAUUGGACAUCCACCAUAUGUAAAGAAUACUAGUGGUUUAAUUAUAAGUGAAGAAAUUAAUGUCAAAACUUAUCAAUAUGAUUUAGCUAUUGAAAUUUCUAAUGAUAGAGUAACUGAUAUCAAAACUUCAAAGAUAAUGUAUCCUAAUGGAUUUGAUGUAUCAGUUGCACCAGAAGAAUCCCAAACUCCAUUAAAUGAAAAUUCGUCAAUAAACGGAGUGGAAGAUAACGAAAUAUCUAAUACAGAUUCAGCAGAUUCUACACUUGUUAGUAAGGAUAAUGAUGUCUACGAAAGAGAUGAUUUUCAAUUGAAACAUUUGAAAGCAGCAGUUACUAGUCCAAAGAUAACUGCUACAGAUCAGCUAUCUCAGCAAUCAGAAGGAAGUUUCGAAUCAGUAGAGUUUCAAGAUGAGUCAAUUGUAGAACAAAAUUUUUUUAAAAGUAAGAAUGAAAAGAAUAAAGAAGAAGAGUCCUCAUCAGAACAGGAAAUACAAUUAAAGGGCGAUAUUAUGCCAAUUAAAUUUGUGACUUAUAGUCGAUUGAGUUAUACGCCUGAGUCUAAAUAUAGACGAUCUAGUGAUUUUUUUUUUAAAGAUUAUAAAUCAAAUCGAAAAAGUUAUAAUAGUCGAGGUGGAAUUUAUGUUGCUGAAAUUGAUGAGCUUCAAUUUAAGCGUAGAAAAACAAGCAUUAUGUUUGUUUUAAUGUUGUUUUCUUUUUACGUUGGAAAAGGCAUAGGUUACGAUUGA